UUGGGGGGGGAUCCUGGCUAUGCUGGAUCCAAUCCAUCUUCUGCCAGCAGGGGGUGCUGUAGGGGCUGGCACAGAUGCUCUGACUGGGGGUGGAUCCUGGCUAUGCUGGAUCCAAUCCACCCUCUGCCAGCAGGGGGCACUGCAGGGGCUGGCAUAGAUGCUCUGGCUGGGGUGGAUCCUGGCUAUGCUGAAUCCAAUCCACCCUCUGCCAGCAGGGGGCGCUGUGCCCCCAGUAACUCCAGUCCCAGCUUGUCCCCUGUGUCAGCUGGAAACCCAGCCCCAUGGGUCAAGCUGUACCAGAGCUGCCUGGCCUGGCCUGCCCCUUUCUGUGGCAGAGCAGCCUCACGGCAGCCGGGACAGCAAUCCCGCCAAGCCGUGCCGAGCUGGAACAGUGUUUCCUCUCUGCAGCAGGGGACGGACCCGACGGAGAAGACCACCCCAAGGGGCAGCAGCAGAAAUGUGCGUGGUGCAGGACAGAGGAGGAUCUGCCAGAAGCGAAGCCGGAGCUUGUGCUAGGGACGGGCGGGAAACCAACCUCCUACAGGUUUCACCUCCCUGGGGCAGGCUCCUUCCGUUGCUCAGAAACCGAACUGGGGUUCGUGGUGAGGGCUGCUGUGACCGUCCAGUACGGCUACGACUCCUGGGCUCGGCGGCUGGGCGCCUCUGAGAGGCAGCAGUGGAUGGUGGCCGGCCCGUUGUUCAGCAUCCGGGCGGAACCGGCCGGGGCCGUGGCUGCCGUGCAGAGGGGGGCGGCGGACGAGAGGAGCCGAGCAGCUGUUCUGUCGCAGCUGCAGGUCGCUCACAUUGCUGACGGGGGGCUGACCCUGGAGGAGCCGGCCCAGGUGAGGCCGUUCCACGCCGUGCUGGAGAACCCCAGCUUCUCCUUCGUGGGGGUGCUCUGGAGACCCCUCUGCGCCAUCUUCCCCUUCAUACCCAUCCACUCCGUGGGGCUCAUCUACCGGGUGCUCCAGGCUGCUGACAUCACCCUCCACCUCUACCUGAUCCCCAACGACCGCUCGCUCAUACAGGCCGUGGAUGACGAGGAGAGAAAGCACCGGUCCAUACAGGUGCUGAAGCCCCCUCAGACAAAGCCCCUCUACUUCGGCUCCCAUUACACCGUGUCCAGUUCCUUGGACUUAGAGGUGACCCCUGAGCCUGGUCUCCAGAUCUCUCUCAAGGACUUCGAGAGGUUGACUUAG